CUGUGCCAGGAAGUCAAGUAGAGCUUUUUUCCCUCCAAUAAUAAUAACCCACUCAUCCUCCCUUCCUCGAAAUGGCUUAUUGUUGGUACCUUCAAAUUUUCUCCUACAUAAGCUCCCAUAAAGCUCCAUUAAAACACAACUGAGUUUGAUCAACUAAGAGUGCUUCAGAAAACCACAAUAUCCCACUAACCAUGAACCCUCCAAUUGUCCAAACCAUCUCAGAGUGCUACAUCAAACCACAAUAUCCAGCAGAAGAGGUGAAGCCUCCCUUCCACUUGGCCUCCUGGGACAUAGCCAUGCUCUCUGUGCAUUACAUCCAAAAGGGUCUUCUGUUCAUUAAGCCCCAAAUAACAAGUGAUCAAGAAAACCCAAUUAAAUCCCUCCUAAAUAGGCUCAAGGAUUCCCUCUCUCUCACCCUGGUUCAUUUCUACCCCCUGGCCGGUCAAUUCGCAACCGUAAAACAAGAAAACCCGGCUUCUUACUAUGUGUACAUCGAUUGCAACAGUGGUCCCGGAGCAAAAUUUAUCUAUGCAACUGCGGAUUUGACUAUCGCCGACAUUCUUUUGCCUGUAGAUGUUCCUGUAGUUGUUCAAUCCUUCUUUGAUCACGACAGGACAGUUAAUCACGACGGGCAUUCGAUGUCCCUGCUGUCAAUUCAAGUCACGGAGUUAAUCGAUGGGAUAUUCAUCGGUUGUUCAGCCAACCACGCGGUUGUUGAUGGAACAUCUUAUUGGCAUUUCUUCAACAGUUUGUCGCACACCUUCGGUGCAGAGGAAAAGAAUCCUGGAAUUCCUCGACCACCAAUUCUUGAACGUUGGUUCCCUAACGGGCACGGUCCUAUGCACAACCUCCCUUUCUCUCACCAUGAUCAGUUUAUUAGAAGAUUUGAAGCGCCACCGCUUAGAGAGAGAAUAUUCCACUUCUCGUCGGAAUCCAUAGCCAAACUCAAAGAAAAGGCCAAUUCUGAAAGCAAAUCUAGCAAGAUUUCCUCGUUCCAAUCUGUAUCCGCGCUUGUCUGGAGGUGCGUGAUCCGGGCCCGUCGUCUUCCACGCGACCCCGAAACCACUUGCACUAUGGCCGCAAAUAACCGAAGCCGAAUUGACCCGCCAUUGCCAAACGAGUACUUUGGGAAUACGGUGCUCACAUUGACAGGAAAAGCCACCGUUGGCGAGCUGCUUGAUCAAGGGUUGGGGUGGGCGGCGUGGCGGUUGCACGAGGCGAGGGAGAGCCACUCUGAUGCGGCGGUUCGAGAGUGGGUGGAAAAGUGGACGGAGAAUCCUGUUAUAUACACGCGUGGGCAUAACCCGUUCGCAUUAUUGUUGGGGAGCUCGCCGCGGUUUCAGAUGUAUGAGAAUGAGUUUGGAAUGGGGAAAGCGGUGGCGAUUCGGAGUGGGUAUGGGAAUAAGUUUGACGGGAAAGUGAUGUUUUACCCUGGGUAUGAAGGCGGGGGAAGCAUGGAUUUGGAGGUUAACCUCCCGCCAGAAACAAUGGCGGCGCUUGAAUCGGACGAGGAGUUUAUGGAUGGCCUCAAUGGUUAGUGCUGAAGGGCACACUAUGAACAUUUAGAAAAGUAGGAUUAAUGUAACCGAUCACAAUUAAUUGAGACUCGAUUUGAUUUAGGUUUGGUUCAUCUUUUUGUUUCACUUGAAUUUUGGUUUGUAAUCUCUUAAAAAAGUCAGAGCCAGUCACUCUCUUGUUCUCUUUCUCAAUGUUCUGCAAUUGUGGCGUGGGUUUGUGAAUAGCCCUAGCUCGAAGACAAUCACUGUGUUUGGUUUGCAAUUUUGAAAUAAAUUUCUUUAAUAGAUUUGCGUA